AUGUCUCAUUUUAACCUCUUCUCCACCCACUUGCGCGUCACCACUUUCAAAGCGUCUCACGUCGUCAUGACCGUCACUCGGGUCGUGCAUCGAAUGACCGCGUCUGAAGCUGUCGGUAGAUCCUGUCUACGCUUUUGGGUCGGUUCAGUUCGCUCAAAGUGCCGCGCAAGCACUGACCGAAAUGGUUGCGCUGAGCAAAUGGGUCUGCUCAAAGAUCUUCGGCUUCACACGACCCAACUUCUCUUUCCUCCCACUGACCAGCUCCUCUUCAUUUUCUUCCUUUCCCCUCUCUCCUCCCCCCUGCCUUGUUCAGCGCAACAAGCCUCUGAUGGAGAAGCGGCGACGUCUUCGGAUGAACAAGGCCAUAGCAACUCUCAAGGCCCUUAUCCUCGACUCCAAUUCGAGAGAGGUGAGUACGCUUUUGUGGUACCAUUUUCCAGUUUUGCCUUAACUGCCACAGACGGUACUGGACGUUGGGAGGCCUCAGUCUCAGAUACGGCCUCAUCGGAAGCAUUGGCAACCGUUUGUCAGUCGUCCAACUCGGAAAAGCAGGACAGUGUACAACAAGGCCCCCGAGACGAGCAGAUUCGUCUUGUCCACGCUGAUCGCAGCAGCGUGUUGCCACGGCGACUGAAUGUCUUCUUCCAGCGUCGGCUCACUGACACGAGACGGUGGACAGAGUUAAGGGAUAGACAUUUUUCGAUUUGGUGUUGGGUUGUAUUUUCGCGUAAAUGUUGGUUUCUGGCUUUGACUGUGGUUUUCUUCCGCCCGACAUAUCAAAGAGCCACUCAGCGACGGAGUUUUGCACGAGAUUGGCAACAAUUCACAACCUACGCAUCAUGGAUCAUAGUUGCCGGGCCAUACUUAUCGCGUGUGUGCAGCACACACGUCCUGGAUGAUCGGGACAGACAUCAGUUCGUCUUUCGAGGUCCGGUCGGCUGUGGUCGCCGAGUCGGAACUUCUGCUUGA